GUCGAAUUGUUGGUGCCCAUCCGUCCGCAUCAUCAAUCGAUCGAUCGUACAGGGGUCAUCACGCCAAUCACGACGAUGGCGAGAGAUUUCAGACCAAAAGACAAGAAGCAAGGCGGUGGAACGAAAGACAAGGCGUCCAGGCCUCAGGCUAACGGCCAUGCGCAACAGCAGCCUCGCGACUUUAGACCAAAAGCUGCGAAGCCCAGCGGUCAACAGACUCGUUUCGGCGACGACGAGGAGCGUAGCAGCAGCAGCGCAAUUGCUAGUGGAGAGGUAGCCCCGAGCGCACACUCAAGUGAUGGAGACGAUGGCGAAGAGGGAACAGAAGAGGAGCUGCGUGAAGCAAUCGCAGCUCUAGGAGGGGAAGAGGGAGAUUUGGAUCUCAUUUCGUCAAAGGCUCUCAAGGCCACUAAGGGCAAAGGAAAGCAGGACGAUGGCAGUGAGGCUGGCCUUGGCGAUGAGCUCAAGGCGUUCAUGAAGGGCCUCAACCUUCCCACCGACGUCGUACCCCAGCCCGCUCCUGGCCCAUCAAAGAGCCCUGCGAAGGAGGUCGGUGGCCCCGCGAAGAAGAUGGAUGAUGAUGCUGCUGCUGCUCUCCAGGAGCCCACACCGACGGACGCUGCUCGCGCCUCGCGAGCAGCAGAUAAGGAGAGAACAAAGCAGGAGAAGAAGGAGGAGCGCCGCAGAAUGGCAGAGGCGCAAAAGGCAGCAGCAGAUGAGAACAAGCGCAAGGCAUCCAAGGUCGAGGAAAUCGCAAAAAAGGCAAAGGAGACGGCAGCAAAGAAGAAGGUUGAACAGAAGAGCAAUGCUGUGGUCGAGGCAGCCAAGGCCUCUAGCAAGCCGACUGUCAAGGAGGCAACCUCGCAGCUUCUCAUCACGCCAGCUCCUCAAUGGAUGGGCACCGACGUUGAGGCUCUUGGGCCUUCCUCGUCUUCAGCAUCGUCUUCGGCCCUGUCACACGACAGGGUCGUUUCUCUACUCGCCGAAGGCAAUGCCGUACUCAGCGCCGAGAACGCCACGUAUCACUCACUCCUCAACUCCGGGUCUCACAGCAUGACGGCUGCUCUCGGCGGCCUCACGCCCAGCGAUGCUAAGUUCAUCUCGUCCCUCCUCGGCGAUACAUCCUCUAUUUCUGGCAGCGCUGGAGGCGGUGGUACACUUUCGGAUCGAAUCGCCGCUCAUGCCUUGCUACUGGGCUCAUCGGCGCUUCACAAUUUGCGCUCGCUCGAUGCCCUUGUCACCAUGGCAGGCAAGAAGAGCCGAGAGGAGAGCGGUCGCGCUACACGCGCUCUGGCAGACUGGUUUGCGGGUGCGGGGCUGGGUAGCUCAGGACGCAAGCUGCGCUACUUCCGCGACCAGCCCGAGCUCGCUGCCACAGCUGCGGCGCCCAGCUCGCGUGGAAAGCAGCAACGUCUCUGUCUCUUUGCCUUCGAGGACCGUCUCAAGAAGACGUAUUUCUCCUUCCUACAGACCCUUGAGAACCAGUCGCACGACCCGCUGCCAUUCGUGCGUCAGCAGGCCGUCAGCCAGACAUUCAUUCUUUUGCGCGAGAAAAGCGAGCAGGAGCAGAAUUUGAUGAGACUGCUGGUCAACAAGUUGGGCGAUGGAGAGAAGUCAGUGGCGAGCAAGGCCACGAACAAUCUCCUGGAGCUUCUCAACGUUCAUCCGAACAUGAAGGCCAUUGUCACUCGCGAGGUGGGCGAACUCAUCCGCAAGCCCACUCGAUCGUCCACACGCGCAGACAAGGAGACAACAAAGAAGCACCACAACCACGCCAAGUACUACGGUGUGCUAGCGCUCAACCAAAUCAUGCUCACUCGGCAGGACACAGAGGUGGCCAACAGCCUCAUUCAGCUCUACUUUGAGCUCUUUGAGGAGGCACUCAAUGACGAGGCGGCACGACCAGAUGCUGACAAGGCGGAUGGCGAGGAAGGGGACCAGGCCAGCGGCAAGAAGAAGAAGGAUCGUUGGCGUGACAAGAAAGGAAAGAAGGGCGGCAAAGGCAACAACAGUCAGAAUCCGGACCACGCUGCUGCUGCUGUGGCCGAGACCGAAGGCAAGAUGAUGGCAGCCAUCCUUACAGGUGUCCGUCGAGCCUUUCCCUUUGCCCAGCUGGAGACGAACGUCUUCGACAAGCAUCUGGACACCCUCUUCCGCAUCACCCACUCCUCCUCCUUCAACAUUGCUGUGCAAGCACUCCAGCUCAUCUACGUCGUUGCCACCUCUUCUUCUACCUCCUCCACGAGCCUUAGUGAUCGAUUCCACUCAAGCCUAUACUCCUCCAUGCUCGACCCGAGGCUUGCCCAGACGAGCAAGACGGCCAUGUACCUCAAUCUAUGCUUCAAGGCUAUGCGGGACGACGUGGAUGAGGAUCGCCGAGCGGCAGAGGUUAAGCGCCUCGUGCAGGUCUUGGCGCACAUGGACGUCGAGUUCGUGUGCGGUGCACUGUUCCUCAUUGGAGAGCUGAUACGUGCUCAGCCGCGCCUGAGGGGCAUGCUUACGGAUCCGGAGGAUGACGACGAGGAGGUGGUCCGCGACCAGCCUGAGGACGCCGAGGACGACGAAGAGGCAGACCAUUCCAAGUCACAAACAGCAUCGGCGCGCCCAGCCACAGCUUACGAUCCUCGCAAGCGCGACCCCCGUUUCGCACGUGCGCGCCCUACCUGCCUCUGGGAAGUGCGUCCCCUCCUGUCGCAUCACCAUCCCACUGUCAGACUCCUCACCACGCAACUCAUCCAAGGCCAAACCCUCACUACCACUCCCGACUUGACCCUCUACUCUUUGUCCCACUUCCUCGACCGUUUCGUCUACCGAAACGCGAAGAAGGCUGGCUCUGGCGCUCAAAAGGGUGCUUCAGGCAUGCAACCCGCAAUCGCUGCGGCUGGAUCUGGGGAGGACGGUGUGAGGAAGGUGAAGGGCUGGAGCGGUGUCGGGGCUGCGGAUGAAGUGAACACGGAGAAGUUCAGAAAGAAGAAGGCCGAGGAUGUGCCUGUGGAUUCGCUGUUCUUCCAUCACUUCUUCAACUUGAAGGAGAAGAGAGACGCGGCGCAGGGAAAGAAGAAGGGCAAGGGGCGUGGAGAUGAGAUGGACAGCGAUGGCGGCGAGGCCGGGGACGAGGACGUCGACGACGACGAAGUCAGCAGCGACGCGGGCAGUGCGAUCAACAUGCUGGACGAUGAAGAGGCGGAGGACGAAGAUGUGGCAAGCGACGCUGAUUCGGAUGCUUCAGACGACUCGGAGGAGCGCGAGAUCUGGGCAGCGAUGAAGCGUACUAUGCCGGCAGAGGACGGAGAUGCGGAGCUCAUGGACGACAGUGGAGAUGAGGAUGAGGAUGACGAGGAUCUUGCGGAGCUGGACUACACCGACAGCGAGGAGGAGGCAGAAGAGGGCGAGGAAGCAGACGCUGGCAAAGCUGGCAAGGAGGACGAUGUCUCGUCCGACGAGGAGGGCAUGUUCGACGAGGAUGAGGACGACUUGCUUCCCUUCGCCGAUUUCGAGGACGGGGAAGACAGUAGCGGCGAGGACGAAGGCGCUGCGGCGACAACAACAAACGUUGCAGGCAAGAAGAGAGGCCGCGACGAUGGCGAAGACGAAGAGAGCAAGCCCAAGUCGAAGAGCCAGCAACGCCGCGCCGAGCGCAAGAAGCGCAAGGCUAUGCCGACUUUCGCUAGUGCAGAGGAUUAUGCGCACUUGCUUGGGGGAGGAGACGAUGAGGAGUAGAAUGUCUGAACUUUGUCAUGUCCUUUCGAAGGCAAUCCCGUGUUGGUCCUCUAUGUUGGUCCUCUAUGAUUGAUCAGACUAGGCUUG